GAAAAAACAGGCAGCACAAUCAUUAUUAUAGCAACAACAGCAGGUGGCUUUGUAUUUCUUUGCAUCGUGCUUAUUGUCUUAUUGAUAAAGUACAAACGACGAAAGCGGGCUCGAAAAUUAUCAACUCCUGUCGGUAUUCAACGGGCAGACGCAACUCCAAAAGAAUCAUUGCCAAUUGAUCGGGUAAAUUAUUUACGAAUGUUUAAUUUAGAACUGAUAGAGCUAUCUAGUAUAAAUAAAGUUAGUUUAGUUUAGGUCUCCUCUUGUAGUAACACUAGAUCAAUAAGAGAUGAUGGAACUAUAGAACUGAUAGAACUAUCCAGUAUAAAUAUAAGUUGGUUCAGUUUAGGUUUCCUCCUGUAGUAACACUGGAUCAAUAAGAGAUGAUCCUUAAUACUGGACUUCUGGGGAGAACAGUUUAGAACUGAUAGAGCUAUCUAGUAUAAAUAAAGUUAGUUUAGUUUAGGUCUCCUCUUGUAGUAACACUAGAUCAAUAAGAGAUGAUGGAACUAUAGAACUGAUAGAACUAUCCAGUAUAAAUAUAAGUUGGUUCAGUUUAGGUUUCCUCCUGUAGUAACACUGGAUCAAUAAGAGAUGAUCCUUAAUACUGGACUUCUGGGGAGAACAGUUUAGAACUGAUAGAGCCGCCCAGUAUAAAUUAAGUUAGUUUAGUUUAGGUCUUCCUCUUGUAGUAACACUAGAUCAAUAAUAGAGCCACCAAAAACUAUUCCUAGCCUUAGGCCUUAGUUUUUGAAGCUUGGGUGAAUUGGGCAAAUGCAACCCGUGUAAUCGACAUUAAAAAGUCAUCAUUAUCAUCAAAACAGGAGCCAGUUUACGAAACUGUGCCAUGUGUUGAUAGAGGGUAUGACGAUGACGUCGCCACAAAAGCAAAGGAGUCUGAAGACAUAUCAGCUGAAGGUAAUAUGUUUAAAAUUCCGCUAACCUUGCUAUGUGUAAUACAUUGGUCAUUCUGAGAAGAAAUGCAUAAUAUAUCUUGAUUAAACUGAAAUGUUUUUUUUUCUGUAAAAGGUUGCAACUCUCGUCCACGUUUGACCACCAACUGUUCAACUUCCAAACAUGGCCGGAUUUUGAGGGGAGGUGCGCAUCGCCCCUGAGAUCGUUUUGCACCUCCCCUGAGAUCGCUUUGCACCUCCCUUGAGAAUUUUUGCACCUCCCCUGAAAAGUUAUGCACCUCCCCUUGGGAAAGUUUCAAUGAUAGAUCAAAGUGAAAAUUUGACAUUUUUGGUUGCUUAUGGUCUACACUUCGUAAGAAAGUUUUUCUGUAAAAUUGAAACGGUGAUAGUCAUUCAUCUCUGUCAAAUACCCUUUUAAUGCAAUAUUUCGAAAGAAACCUUGUAGUAAUUGUAAUGAAGGGUAAAAUUGGAUGAGUGGUACAGUCAUUAUUCAUUAUUUCGUUCAUUUAUUUUAUUUAUUUUUUAUUGUUGCAUUUUUUAUUGUUAUAUUGUAUCCAUCAUCCAAUGCAAUAAAUGUUAUGUAUAAUUCAUUAAUACACUGAUACAUAUAUGUACACUAUAUGCAUACGUCACGUCGUUUACUUUUGUCUUUCUAAGCCUUAACUUUCCUUGGGGUUCGUGAGCUAGACCGCUGCACCUCCCCUAAAUUUUUUCCACCACCCCUACUAUUUCCACCAUAAUCCGGCCUUGCUUCCAAAUGAGAGUUGAUGAGAAUCCCUGACCCUGUUCUAAAACACAGCGUUUUACGGCGUCCUGAUGAGAACUUUAGCAGCUACGCGCGCUAAUUAUACACAAGAGUUGAGAAAAAUCCCAUGCAAACUCUCGCUAUAUUAGGGACGGAUCAUGCCGUCUUAAGCCUUGGUCAAUCGAGGAUGCAAGUUGAGAAGCGAGAGUUUACAUGAGAGUUUUCUCAACUCUCAUGGCCCGGUCAAACGAGAACAACAGUUGCAUGAGAGUUGGCUACAUAUUACGCGCGCGAAGCGAAAACUCUCAUCAACACUCAUUAAAAUUUGAAUCAGUUCAAAGUUGAGGAGAGUGGAUGAGGGUUGGCGGCCAAACGCGAGGGCCGAGUUGCAUCAUCAACUCUCACCGCCUUUGAGCUGGUUCAAAUUUUGAUGAGAAUUUUUGCUUGAAGACCGGUAAUAUCCAAUCAACUCUCAUGCAACUCUUGUUCUCGUUUGACCGGGACAUGAGAGUUGACCUAAAACUCUCAUGCAAACGCUCGCUUCUCAACUCUCAUCAACUCUCAUGCAAACUCUCGCUUCUCAAUUCUCAUCAACUCUCAUGCAAACUCUCGCUUCUCAACUCUCAUCAACUCUCAUGCAAACUCUCGCUUCUUAACUCGCAUCAACUCUCAUGCAAACUCUCGCUUCCCAACUCUCAUGCAAACUCUCGCUUCUCAACUCUCAUGCAAACUCUCGCUUCUCAACUCUCAUCAACUCUUGUGCAAACUCUCGCUUCUCAACUCUCAUGCAAACUCUCGCUUCUCAACUCUCAUCAACUCUCAUGCGAACUCUCACUUCUCAACACUCGUUUUCUUUGGCCAGAGCUUUAUGAUAUCUUCUUUUGUUUUUAAAGGCAGAACAUCAGAUCACGAAGAGGUUGGAAAUACAAUGGAAAACGAUACGUAUGAGAACAUGGACAUAGUAACGCAAGACUCAGAUUAUGUUAUACCAGUUGACGAGAGAGGAGAGUCGUACGAAGACAUGAAUAUGGGAAAGAACCUACCAGACUACGAGCCGCUGGAUCUAAGCAAACGCGCGCGAAGCUGA